AUGUCUCUUUUCCUUUGCUGCGCAGGAUUGGGCACAAUGGUGCAAAACAAGGUACAAGACGGCAAAUCACGCGAUCACUGGAAACUUCCCAAGCGAAAUCGAAACUCGAUCUCUCUCUUUCUCGACCUUGUUAGUCUGGCGCUCGCAUAUCUGCAUUACCUCUCUUACAGCUCUCCGCUUAUUCGAUUGACUAGCUCCUAG